AUGGUAAUGAACCAAUCUAGAAGGUUGAACAGCCAUAAUCCUGUGGUUUGCGACUUCGGCAUAAGCAAGUUGAAAGAUGAUUGCAGCACUGUGGCAUCCAUCAAACAAAAUGCAGGCACUCUGGCCUAUCAGCACCAUGAAGGGCUGGACGGAAAAAAACCUACCACUGCUGUAGAUGUGUACUCAUUUGGGGUUGUGAUGGGCGAAGUACUUACAAGAAAAAGGGCCUGGGAUGGCAUGAAGGCUCCCGAAGUAAGAAAGGCCAUCUUGGCAGGGAAAUUCCCAGAGUUUAUAAUUGCACCAGACAACACCUGUGCAAUUGAAAUAAUCAAAAGCUGUCUGCAAAAGGCGGAGGAGAGGCCCCAAUUUGGGGAGAUUCUACCAAAAUUAGAAUCAAUGUGUGAUCCAUCUCAAUCUAUAGUAAUGGAGAAAAGAGAUGUAUUAGCCGUUCUUCCAACAGGAUACGGGAAGUCUUUAAUUUAUCAACUUUUGCCUGAAGUGUUUGACCAUUUUGAUUGUGUGGAUCCACAAUUUAAAUCUAUUAUCAUAGUCAGUUCGCCCUUGAACGCACUUAUAAGAGAUCAGGUUUCCAAACUGAAAGAGUGCGGAAUGAAGGUCUGUGUUCUUCGUGGAGACCGGGUGAUGGAAGGUGGGGAAGAUGAAAGUAAAUCGCUCGACAGCUUGGACGAAUACCAGUUAAUACUAGCUCAUCCAGAAGCUAUAGUAGAAAACAAAGAUGUGCUCAAGAUCUUGAAAUCUAAAAAGAUAAUUCAUCGAGUAAAGGGCAUCGUAGUGGAUGAGGCUCAUUUGGCAAUAGAAUGGGAUUUGUACUUUAAUACUGUGGAUCACCUCUCUUUCUCUCUAUCUCACUUUCAAAUCUACAGGAAACAAUUUAGACCAGCAUACACCAAGUUGGGGAUUUUAGUCAGUUAUUUUCCCAAUGUGCCAAUAGUUGGCCUUACUGCUACUGCAACCCUCCAUGCCAGAAAAGAGAUUGUAGAGCCCCUUGGUCUUGUAGAGCCAAUAAUUAUUGAUGCUAACCCUGAUCGAAGCAACAUAUACUUUGCUGUUUCAAGAAGACCUGAUCGGGGGGAUGAGAAACUAGACAAGAUACUUGACCCAUUAGUAGAGGAAUUAAUUGAAAAAAGAUUACAAUGUCCUAUAACACUUAUAUUUGGUACACUUGAAACAAUUUCUUCCUGUUAUGUUUACUUUACUGAGAAAAUGGGGGACAGGCAAUAUGAGCCGUUAGGCUCAGACCCAAGAUCGUGCAACAGAAUGUUUACUCAGUACCAUGCGCAGUACCCCAUACAUGAGCGUGAAACAAUUGUUGAUGGCCUGAUAGCAGGGAAGUCAAAAUUGAGAAUCAUUUUUGCUACUGUUGCUUUCGGAAUUGGCUUAGAUUUAAAUGAUAUCAGAAAUGUUAUCCACAUUGGUGUGCCCUGUACCAUAGAAGAGUACUUUCAAGAGGCCGGGCGGGCAGGCAGAGAUGGGCUUCCCUCUAGGCCAAUAAUUAUUGAUGCUAACCCUGAUCGAAGCAACAUAUACUUUGCUGUUUCAAGAAGACCUGAUCGGGGGGAUGAGAAACUAGACAAGAUACUUGACCCAUUAGUAGAGGAAUUAAUUGAAAAAAGAUUACAAUGUCCUAUAACACUUAUAUUUGGUACACUUGAAACAAUUUCUUCCUGUUAUGUUUACUUUACUGAGAAAAUGGGGGACAGGCAAUAUGAGCCUUUAGGCUCAGACCCAAGAUCGUGCAAAAGGAUGUUUACUCAGUACCAUGCGCAGUACCCCAUACAUGAGCGUGAAACAAUUGUUGAUGGCCUGAUAGCAGGGAAGUCAAAAUUGAGAAUCAUUUUUKCUACUGWUGCUUUCGGAAUUGGCUUAGAUUUAAAUGAUAUCAGAAAUGUUAUCCACAUUGGUGUGCCCUGUACCAUAGAAGAGUACUUUCAAGAGGCCGGGCGGGCAGGCAGAGAUGGGCUUCCCUCUAGGGCAGWAAUGCACUACAAUUCCUAUGACUUAUCUAAGGCUAGGAAAAGUCUAACUGAUGAAAUGCGGAACUAUGUCGUCACUCAGAAAUGUAAACGGGAAAUGAUUCUCAAUCACUUUGGAUUUGAAGUAGUCACACCCCCUGAACCACAGCAUUUAURUUGUGAUUAUCACCAAAUGUUUUGUAACUGUGAUGACUGCCUACUUUCUGGUGUGUCAGUUUUGUUUGACUCUGUUGAAGUGGAAGAUAGUGCUUGGAAUGAUGGUUGUCCCCCUGUGGAUAAAACAAUGGAAGUGAACAUUAGGCUUGAUAAGGAAAGAGAGAAGCUUCUUUUUGAUGAACUCAUGGAGUUUAGACUGUCAUGUCAUGGCGUAGGAAGAUCAUGUGUGGRUAGCACAAGUCUGUCAAGUGGAUUCAGUAUCACUCUUAUUGAGGCUGUGGUGGAAAACCUAUCAAAUUUGAGAUCAUCUGAAGAUAUCGGGAAACAAAUGCCUGUCUUUAGCCAUGAGCAUGCUGUUUGCAUUUGGAACAUAAUAUCUAAAUAUAUUYAAUGA